ACGGGCUCAGUUGCUAAAGGAGCCGGGCGACUUCAGAGGCGCCGGCGCCACCGCCUGCCGCACCUGAGCGGCCCUCGCCAGCCCGGCCGGCCGCGAUGCUGUAGGGCCCGGCCGCGUCUUCCCGCCGGACCGUUAUCCGCGCCCGCCAGACCCGCCGGCACCAUGCCGCGCUCCUUCCUGGUCAAGAAGCAUUUCAACGCCUCCAAAAAGCCAAACUACAGCGAACUGGACACCCACACAGUGAUCAUUUCCCCAUAUCUGUAUGAGAGUUACCCCAUGCCUGUCAUACCAAAACCAGAGAUCCUCAGCUCGGGAGCAUACAGCCCCAUUACCAUGUGGACUACGGCAGCUCCAUUCCAUUCCCCACUGCCCAGUGGCCUCUCUCCUCUUUCCGGAUACCCUUCCUCCUUGGGGCGAGUGAGUCCCCCUCCUCCAUCUGACACCUCAUCCAAGGACCACAGUGGCUCAGAAAGCCCCAUUAGUGACGAAGAGGAAAGACUACAAUCCAAGCUUUCAGACCCCCAUGCCAUUGAAGCUGAAAAGUUUCAGUGCAAUUUAUGCAAUAAGACGUAUUCAACUUUUUCUGGGCUAGCCAAGCAUAAGCAGCUGCACUGUGAUGCCCAAUCUAGGAAAUCUUUCAGCUGUAAAUACUGUGACAAGGAAUACGUGAGCCUGGGUGCCCUUAAGAUGCACAUUCGGACCCACACAUUACCUUGUGUUUGCAAGAUUUGUGGCAAGGCGUUCUCCAGACCCUGGUUGCUUCAAGGACACAUUAGAACUCACACAGGGGAAAAGCCUUUUUCUUGCCCGCACUGCAACAGGGCAUUUGCAGACAGGUCGAACCUGAGGGCUCAUCUGCAAACCCAUUCUGAUGUAAAGAAAUACCAGUGCAAAAACUGCUCCAAAACCUUCUCCAGAAUGUCUCUCCUGCACAAACAUGAGGAAUCUGGCUGCUGUGUAGCACACUGAGUGACGCAAUCAAUGUUUACUCGAACAGAAUGCAUUUCUUCACUCCGACGCCAAAAGACAAAUAAAAGUCCAAAGGCAUUUUCUCUUGUGCUUACCAACCAAAUAAUGUGUAUAGACACACACGUACACACAUGUACCACACACAUGCACACACACACACACACACACACACACACACACACACAUGCAGACACACUGAAAGCUGCAAGAGCAUGGAAUCCUUUAAAGUUAAAGUUAAUCCUUUCCAUGUGAAGUUUAAAAUUACUAUAUUUUUACUGACAGUUAGAUUGACAGGAUAAAAGACAAGGACCUUUCUCUUCAAAGAUGAAGCAAAAAGCACAUUGCAUCUUUUAUUACUGAGAAAGAAUGCAAAGAUUUUCAUUGUUGCCAAAUCAUUUCAACUGAGAAGAACAGUAUUGCUCUGUUAAAACAGAUAGUUUUAAUAGAAUUUCCUAUAGGAAGAGAAUCUGCCGAUGGGAUCUCAGGUGCCUUAUAAAGUAUUCCAAGUUUACUUCAUUGCUUGUCUGAUGUCAGGUUGACAUCUUUGAAUUAAAGCCUUUUGUGGAUUAUCAGCAAUGCUUUAAACUGUAUUUUUAAAGACAAGGGAAAAAAUAACACGAACAAAACACAGGAGAAUGUAUUAAAAGUAUUUUUUUGUUCUGUUCUGUUUUGUUUUGUUUUUGCCAAUAUGUGCCUUGGGAGAAGAGGGAAACUCUAGCUUUGAACAUUCCUGGUGCAUGUUACGUGUCUUACUUUUUAAAAGAAUUUUAAUGAUUUUUCUAAAAUUAAGUAAAGAUGGGAAUACGUGCAAAAGAGAAUUCUUAGAAACCCAGUAAUGGACUUAAACUAUUUUAAAUGCAUACGACAGAUGCAAUAAUGCAACACCCCUUCCAAGUGCCUUUUUUAAUUAAUUGUAUAGUUGAUGAGUCGGUGUAAAUUUGUGUUUAUUUUUAUAUGAUUGAAUGAGUUUUGUAUGAAAGUGAGGUGUUGUUUAUAGCUAUGCCUAUAUACAACCUGAAGACUUAUGAAAUCAAUGUUUCUUUUUUAAAAAUAAUUUUCUAGGUCCUUUUUUAUAAUAAACAUUUUUUGAUUUAAAAUUUAUUGCAUGUAUACUAUUUUUGAAGACUUUACUUGCUUGUGAUUUGUACUAAAUGGCUAUACAAAGAAUUUUUUCUUAUGUUAAUGAGAAAAAAGUAAAGUGUUUAUUUUAUGUAUCAGGUGUUCUUUUGAUGUGUUAGAUUACAAUAAAUUGUCAGGAUUUUUACUCUUACAAGAUAGUAUUGUCACAUUUAGAAAAGUCACCAUUAUGACAGUACUGUGUUAGCAUUUCUCUGUAACAAAAAUUAUACUUUCUGAAUGCUAAAAUAGCUAAAGAUGAAUGAUCCAAAAUACUUUAGCAAACUUUAUUUGGGUUGACUUUAUGAAAGCAGAUUAUAUUGUCAUAUAAACUGGAACAGUUUGGGGUUUUUAGAAGAAAUAUUAAUGAGAUGUAAGAGGGGGGAAAAGAAAAGUUGACAUAGAAAAUUAGGAAAAAAUAGAUUUACGCAAGGUGGAAAUUUAAACCAUGCGAAUAAAUUCCAAACUUAGUGAUAUAUUUCAUGGGAUCAGGGAUAAUUAGUGAAAAUUGGUGUCAUUUUACACUGUUUGUAUAAGUUGAGCGAACCAUGUACCCAAAUCCAAUAUUUAUGUAGCUGAUAAAAUAUGACUAUCCACUUCAAAUUCAAGUUCAUGUUUGCUAAAUUCAUACAUAUUAAUAUGCAGAACUCUAAACCAUGAAAUGAGCUGUGUAAUUACCAGUGUGUCUAUUUGCAUCCAAACCCAGUAAGAAGAUAGUUCCUUAUAUGGUUAAUCAUUUUUCUCUUGUAUGAUUAGAACUUGCGGAAUCAUGUUUUUCCUUUUAAUGUCCUUACAAUGGAAACAAAAAUGGAAACUGAAGAUAGGCUAUUUAUACGGGACCAAUAAUAAAUACCAAUACUAUUCCCUUAA